AUGGUCCACGAAGAUCCCAAGAAGACUCCCUCCAUUCCCUCAUGGCAGCAGCAGUACACCUCAGAGCAAAAGCACGGGGACUCUUCUUCGCAUGACCAGCCCCCAGAUACCAGCACACAGGCAUCUCCGCCACCUUCAGAAAUACCUCUUCUUGAGCAAGCCCGAAAGUUCCUCGAAGACGAGUCUAUACAAAAUGCCUCGCGAGAACGCAAAGUUGCGUUCUUGGAGCAGAAAGGUGUACAGCCAGAAGAGAUAGAAAAACUCCUUGGCCCGGAACACUCAAGUCCUUCGACGGCCUCUGAUGAGGACUCUGAACUAAAGACCAUACACGACAGCAGCCAGACGCAGGCUUCAGAAGGCAAAGAGACGGAGUCAACCACAAAGCCAGUCGGUAAAGAAGCGCGAUCGCAAUCCACCACGGUUGCGCAGAAGCGCGAGGUUCCCCCGAUCAUCACCUAUCCAGAAUUUCUGCUGAAACCCCAAAAACCACCUCCGCUGGUCACUUUCGAACGCCUUGCCCAUGCAGCCUACGUUUUCGCGGGCGCGUCUGCCUUGACAUGGGCCGCAAGCAAAUACAUUGUGCAGCCCAUGAUCGAAUCCCUUACCGAAGCUCGCCACGACCUUGCAGAAACUGCGAAGACAAACCUUGAAACUCUCAACAAGAAGCUGGAAUCCACCGUAUCCCAUAUCCCUUACAUACCGAGCAGCACAGUCCUGCAACAGCAAAAAGCUCAAGAAGACGACGAUGUUGAAUCCGUGGAUUCAGAUCCAACAGAACUGUUCCACCGCGAUGUCGCAACACAAACGUCCCCCCGGCCCUCUCGGGCGAUGUCAUUCUCCUCCUUUCCAGAUAAUGACCACCUGUACGCGCAAGAUCCCACAACGUCACAGUCCUCGCGUUUGCGCUCCUUGCACUCGACGCUCUUCUCUCUGCUCAAUUCCCAAAACAAUACCUAUUCUCAAGACCGCCUGAAAGAUUCUGUGAGUGGCUUUCAAGCCGUCAUUGACAAACUCGAAGCAAGUCACAACCCAUUCCAGGUCGACUUCAUGGGAUCAUUCUCCAGCUACAGCGGACCGGGCACAUCAACUGCGACAGGCACAGAUAAUAAACAAAAGAAGCAAACGCCCGUCAAUGAGGCGACAAAGUUCAGGAACGAGAUACGUGCGCUGAAAGGCGCGUUACUCAAAAACAACCCAGCUGUGAGGGGAGUGGCAUUGAAUUCCUACUGGAGUCCCCAUCAUAGGGACAACUUUGGCUCAUCGGAGCAGCAUAACAAGCAUCCUGGAAAUCUACCCACAUCCGUGCAGGCCGCCGGGCAGUUCGACCUCCUAGCUACUCAGAGCCAGUCUGACGAUUCAGAAACUCCGACGCAGUUCACUUCUCCCGAGAGUCACGAACAUCCCGGGCGUUCGAACCAUCCUGAACCUCCUGAGGCACAGUAUUCCUAUGAAACUCCUGGAAAACCAUUCUAUGUCGACGCUUCUGAAGGGCAAAUCUACAUCGAUCUCCUCCAAGCGCAAGAGGACUAUGAACCUCAUCAAAAGAGAAGGAAAUAUGUUGAGCCUCCUAGAAAGCCCUGGCGAGAUUGCGGUGCCCUGAUCCCCUGUACAAACGCCGCCAUCCGACGACACAUUCGUGAUCAGUUUUGGAGACAAGUCUGGCCUGGAGCCGAAGAUUCGAGUUGGUAUUGGUCAAUUCACCAACAACCACGCCUCCUUUCAAAUGAUCAUGCAACAAGAGCCUCUAAGGAUCCCCCUAGAGCAGAGGAGUACAGACACUUCAAGGUGACACUUCCCUGGCGCAUUUUCAUUGUCGAUUUUGAAACGGUGUACCGCCAGGAGCGAAGAAAUCUGCCCCAAUAUCUCCUCGAACUUACUGUUCGUGAUGGAAAUGGUAAAAUCAUUGUGAGCUGCGUUAUCAACAAUGAAGGGGUCACUAACACCAUGUUCGAGGCUGAAGUUCGGCGCGCAGGGUAUACCUGUCCAGGGAAGCUAGGGCUUAUAAGACAUCGAGGGCCUACGGAGAACAAACUCCCUCACAACGCGAAAACGCCAAAGGAGAUAGUUGACAUCCUGAUUGCUGCAGGCUUGAACCCUAACAUACUCUGGAUAGAAUAUUCCAGAGGCUGCUUUGACCGACGUUGCAUGGAGCUUCUCAUUAAACAAGCUGGAAUGUCGCCCGAUUCGAUCCUUCCACCUCCCGAUCAAGGAAAAGAGAAGCGUGCGUCUCGUGGGAUUCGGGCGUCUUUCGAGAGGAUAGAAUGGCACAUGAUGAUCAGCUGGGAACUGGGGGCGGAUUUGGGGAGAGGGCAAUCAAUCGAACUCAUUGCUUUGGUUCGAAGCAAAACGCAGCCUACCCUGGACUCUUCUGAUACAUUGUACCUAACCAACUAA